CUCACCAUGCAGCAAACAGGCCGGAACUCCAGCUCAGGCUGCAGACAGUUUUCAUGUUUCCCUCGCGCACGUAGCCGGCCGCAACGAACGGUGCUGCAAGUGCUGGGUUUGCACAAGGCGCUUCGCAAGCCUGCCAACGGCCCCAUCACCGCGCCCGCGGACGCCGUGUAUGAGUGCCUCACACUCCUCCGGCGACCUGACCUGGAAAGCCUGGCGCCGUUCUUCCCGGCUGGCUCCUUCGACCCUGCUGUGCGCCGUGUGGUCGUGGAGGUGGGCGGGCAGGAGGUGGAGGAGGCGGGGCCGCUGGCGGCAUGCAGCGGAUUCAUGGACACAGCUGCUCGGCGAGUGCUGCCGGGUCACUUGCUGCGGCGCUGCCGGGUGCUGUCCAGUGUGGCGCUGGGGGACAGCUGCCAGCAGCGGGUGGCGCUGACAGCCUGCACCGGCGAGGAGACCGUGUUCGUGUGGCGGCUGCGGCGAGUGGGCGCUGAGCCCGCCGCAAGCGCCAGCAGCAGUAGCAGCAGCAGUAGCAGCAGCAGCACUGGGUGGCUUGGCAGUAGCACGGGUGCGGGGCUGGAGGCCGCCGCACCCACCUCGCCAGCCUACUUCCGGUCCUCGACUCCCGCGCCCCACUCGGUGCGGCGAGGGCCGGCAGGCAGCGACGACGACGAGCCAGGUACCAGUGGCACAAGCACCAGCGGGAGAGGGACACGGGACUCGCAAGACGCGCAUGCAGUCGCGUCCCCCACCGCCUCCAUUCCUCCACACCAGGAGCCAGGGCAGGAGCGCGGCGACGGCAGCGCGUCUCCCGCCCCCGGCUCGGAUUCCGAAUCCGAAUCCGAGGCACCUGACUCCUCAGGAUCCAGGUCCAUCGCCACAGCCUGGAUCGUGGAAUCCAUAGCUCGGGACGACUCGCAUGACGAGGAGGAGAUGCCGGCGCCGGGGGGCCCCACGGGUUCCGGCGGCGGCCCCCACCCGCGCUGCUCUCCUGAGCUGGUGGUGAAGGCCCAGCUGGGGGCGCUGUCGCGGGGGGACGUGGUCGGUGCGGCGUCCUUCAACCUGUGGAGCCGCAGCACCUCGGGCGGCUGGGAGUUGCAUCUGUCCGCCUUCUGCUCCCUGCUGGCGCAGCCCGCCUACGCCCCCCUGCUGGCAGCGGCGGGGGCGGAGCUGGGGCCCUCCGCGCUGCCCACCUCGCGCCGGCUGGUGCAAGAGGUCCGGCUCACUGGCAUACGGCGACAGGGCGGGACAGCGGGGGUAACAGGAGGAGGUGGUAGUGGUGGUGGCGGAAGCUGUCGGCUGGUGUUUCAGCUGGGCAUGCAGGCGAACGGGUGCUGGGUGGUGGAGGCUAUUCGCCGCGUGGCGGACAGCUGAGGCUUGGGCGCGUUGAGGGUGGAGGGUGCGGGCAGGUGUGCGCGUGGAAGGCAGUGGCGUAUGGCCAGGUUGCAAUCGCUUCUCCACACUCCGUUGAGGGGUGAGGUUGGAGGAGGCGGAGGCGAGGGUAAUACCUGUCAUGCAACUGGGAAGUGCAGUGAGUUGUUGGUCGAGUGGUGGAGGCGGAGAAGGCGGGGAUUUUGGGGACACGAUUCUGGGAUCGUUCUAGGGAGUGCGGAACUCAGCGUUGUGUAGGCACCUUCAUUUCUCACAGCUGAGGCUGCGCGUUGUAUACUGUUGGGGCCGAGUGUUCAUAAGCAAGCAUCUCCG